AUGGCGGACGUGCAUUCUGUUAUCGUGCUUGUCCUACUGUCGUUUUUGUACAUACAGGACGUGUCUACUCAAGAAGCAGGAAUCGUCAACCAUUGGGAAUCCGUGGGUUAUUCUUGGCCUAAUGAAACCACCAAACAAAACUACAUAAUGAAAAAGAAAUUCGUCGUUGAAAAUAAUAUUAUUUCUGGAAUUAAAGUCUUGGAUGGAAACGUUUACGUCACCGUUCCCAGAUGGAGGCCGGGUGUCCCAUCAACGCUGAACAAGGUCAUUACCGACCCUACAAAUACAGAUGAAAGUAUUUUGGAACCAUACCCUAACUGGGAAAUGCAGACAUUGGGUGACUGCAAUGCCCUCCAGUAUGCUCAGAGCAUGGAAGUUGACCCUAACACAGGGUACAUGUGGAUAAUAGAUGUUGGACGUACAGACAUCCUCACGGACCAUCCACAAAACCUAUGUCCAGCAAAACUCAUCAUCUACGACGUCCGAAAUGACAAGCUAGUUCACGUGCACGAGUUUCCCGAUGCCGUUGUGUCUAGGACAUCUAAUUUUCUGAACGAUAUUGUUCUAGAUUACGUUAAUGGUGCCGCUUCCUUUGCGUACAUAACUGAUUCUGUUGACGCCAAGCUAAUUGUGUACGACCAUGAGAGGGAUGUGUCUUAUUUCUUCAAACAUCCAUCAAUGGAAGUAGAAGAAGCUGUCGAGUCGAUUUUAAUCGGUGACAAUACUUUAACGAUGAGAGUCCAUCUCAAUGGCAUUGCCAUGAGCUAUGAUUUCCGAUUCGUCUACUUCUGCGCGUUGAAUGCCUACUCACUGUACAGGGUGCCGACGAAUGUGCUUAGAAAGCAAUCAUCAACCUUCUAUGUAGAAAGAGUCGACCGAAAAAAUGACUUUUCCGACGGGAUGGUGGCUACAGAUAAGGCUUUGUAUUACGGCGGACUGACCAAGUAUGCUGUCAAUAAGUGGCCAUUUUCUCAGAAGAGUACCGAAAUGUUAGUCAUCUCUAAUGACACUAGUCUGCGUUGGGUGGAUUCCUUUGCCAUGGACGACCAAGAGAAUCUUUGGCUGGUGGCUAACGGCUUAGAUUUGUUUUUGACAGGAAGAAUGGAUUAUUCUGGGUUGUUGUACGAUUGCUCCCACUCAAAAGCUACUUUGGGGGGAUGA